AGCCACCCUGAUACGCCGGCAGCUUGCUAGCUGUACGGGUUAAUAGUUAGCUGCCCAAAAUACCUACCUGAAGCCGUUUGCUUUGUAUGGAAGCGCCCAGCAUCACUAAGGGGUUCAUGACACGUCGCGCCGAAAAUAAUGAGGACUAUUAUUGUGCUGUCACUGCUGCUGGUGAACAUACACCGUACCAUAUCAGCACCCAAAGGAGUCACUGCUAGUCUUAGAGCCAAGUGGAGUAUGACGCCUUUCCUCCUGGAGACAAGCGAGUUUAUUGGAGAAGAUGGGAAUGAGAAAUUCUGGCAGUUUGUUGACACUGUGAAAGAGCUCACUGUAUACAAGCAAGGAGAGUCUGUACGCUCAUACUAUAACUUGAUCAUUAAGAAGGCUGGCCAGUUCCUCACAGAUCUUCAAGUUAAUCUUCUCAAAUUUGCUCUGGCCCUACGGUCCUACUCACCAGCUGUUCAUGCAUCCCAGCAGAUAGCCAGGGAUGAGCCUCCACCUGAAGCUUGCCCUGCUUUUGUCUCCAUCCAUGGUCAACAUAGCUGCAGUACCAAAGAUAUCAAGAAGCUCCUGAAGGCAGCUGCAGGAAGGCCAAAACCAUAUUUAUACAAGAAUGAUCGCACAUAUCUUGGGGUCAAUAAAACAGAUGUGCCAGUUGUGAUCCUCUAUGCUGAGAUUGGAACCAAGAAGUUCACCUCUUUUCAUAAGGUGUUGUCUGAGAAAGCUCAGCAGGGCACACUUAUAUAUGUGCUGCGGCAUUUUGUAGCGGAUCCAAAACCUCAAAAGAUGCUUUUAUCUGGCUAUGGUGUUGAGUUGGCUAUCAAAAGCACAGAAUACAAAGCUGUGGAUGACACCAAAGUAAAAGAUUCAAAGACAGCUAUAAAUACAGAGGAUGAUGAUAACGAUGAAGUCCAAGGAUUCUUUUUUGGAACAUUAAAGAAGUCUCAUCCUGAACUACAGGAGAACCUUGUUGAGCUCCGCAAACAUCUUCUGGAGAGCACCAAUGACAUGGCUCCUCUCAAAGUGUGGGAAAUGCAAGAUCUAAGUUUCCAAGCAGCUGCCAGAAUCAUGUCCAUUCCAAAGUUUGAUGCUUUGAAGCUCAUGCGAGACCUUAGUCAGAACUUUCCAAGCAAAGCCAGAUCACUGACAAGAGUGGCCGUAAAGCAGGAAAUGAGAAAAGAAAUUGAGGAGAACCAAAAGCAUCUCAGUGAGACUAUUGGUGUUCACCCGGGAGAUGGGGAGAUCUUCAUCAAUGGACUGCACAUUGAUCUGGACAUUCAAAACCCUUUCAGCAUUUUGGACAUCCUCAGAGGAGAGGCCAGGGUCUUGGAGGGGCUUCAUAACCUAGGCAUAAAAGGAGAACAUCAGGGCAAGCUUCUGAGGUUACCUGUGAACGCUGUGGAUGACAGCUAUGCCUUAGACAUCAGACAUCCAUCUAUAAUGUGGAUAAAUGACAUAGAGAAUGACCCAAUGUACCGCAGCUGGCCAACGGGUGUACAGGAGCUCCUCAGAGCCACCUUUCCUGGAGUAAUUCGUCAGAUCCGACGCAAUUUCUUCAACCUGGUGCUGUUCCUAGAUCCAGUACAAGAAGAAAGUGUUGAGCUAGUGAAACUAGCAGAGCUUUUCUACAAGCAUAAGAUUCCCCUGAGAAUUGGAUUUGUGUUUGUUGUCAACACCAAGGAUGAAAUUGAUGGCUUCUCAGAUGCAGGGGUUGGAUUUUACAGACUACUGAAUUACAUUGCAGACGAGUACGAUUUAUCCCAGGCUUUGAUGUCCAUGGUCUCACUGUACAACAAAGUAGAUGUAGGAGAGAAGCUGUCUGUUGAUACACUCUCUGCUUACCUGAAGAGAAAAUUCCCUAAAGCCAGUCCUGAAAGGAUUCUAGGUGUAGAAUCUGAGUAUGAUGACAAAAGAAAGGAUGGUGCCCUCUUCUACAAAAAGACUGGCCUGGGUGCCCUACCAUUGGCUUUAUUUAAUGGAGUCCCUCUGAGCCCAGAUGAGAUGGACCCAGAUGAGCUGGAGACCAUCAUCCUGCAGCGCAUAAUGGACACCACCACCACCUUCCAGAGAGCUGUCUUUAUGGGUCAGUUAACUGAGGGCUCAGAUGUGGUGGACUAUCUAAUGGAGCAGGCCAAUGUGGUUCCCAGGAUGAACCCUCUUAUCCUAAGCACUGACCGGAAGUACCUAGACUUCACGGCCAAACCAGUUGUAGAUGAUUGGGAGGACACAACUAUGUUUUCAUACUUGGAUGCCAGAGACAAGACAGCUGUGGUGGCUAAGAGAAUGAAGUACUUUACAAAUAGCGAUGAAGAUGGGAUGAGUACUGUAACCAUGUGGAUAGCUGGAGAUUUAGAGAGGGUUUCAGGAAGAAAGCUGUUGCUCAAUGCUCUGAAACAUGUGAAUGCCAGCCCUGGAGUGCGUGUGGGGGUGAUAGAUAACCCCAGCGGAAAGCCCAGCGAAGAUAACACUGUGCUGUACAGGGCUAUCUGGGCCUCUUUCCUCACCCAGAAGAAGAAAGCUGCACUAGAGUUUGUACAAAAACUCCUGAAAGAGGAAAGCAGCCAGCUCCUCCAGCAAGGCACCAAGAUGAAGGACUUACUAAUGCAGGAAAUGGAUGAGGAUGCCUUCGAGAAAAAGUUCAACACACUGGAAGUGGAUUUUAUCCGCAGUCAGCAGCUGUUCUGUCGAGACGUUCUGAAACUGAGUCCUGGAGAGCGGGGAGUGAUCAGCAAUGGCAGGAUCCUUGGACCCUUUGAGGAGCAGGAAGAAUUCACUGUGGAGGACUUCCAUUUGCUGGAGAAGAUUACACGGAGUGGAUCUGCAGAGAAAGUUAAAGCCAAAGUUAAACAGAUGGGGAUGAAGCCAAAGCAUGCCAGUGACUUAGUCAUGAAAGUUGAUGCCCUCUUAACUGCAGCCCCAAAAGGAGAGGUCAGGAGGGAUGUCCACUUUAUCAAAGACAGCCACAGUAUACUUCAUCUCUCCCCGCGUGAAAACGAGGUGUUCUAUGAUGUGGUAGCCAUUGUUGACCCCCUCACUAGGCAGGCACAGAAGAUGUCCCCUCUGCUGAUUGUGCUCAGUCAAGUGGUCAAUGUGAGACUGCAGGUGUUUAUGAAUUGCAGGGCCAAGUUGUCCGAGAUGCCCCUCAAGAGCUUUUACCGCUUUGUCUUGGAGUCUGAUGUUACUUUCUUGGCCAACGACACAGUGUCUCCAGGACCAGUUGCCCACUUCAUGGAGCUCCCAGAAUCUCCACUCCUCACCCUGAAUAUGAUCACACCAGAGAGCUGGAUAGUUCAGGCGGUGCGCAGCCCCCAUGACUUGGAUAACAUCCACCUGCAGGAGGUGAGCAGGGUUGUGACAGCAGAGUAUGAACUGGAGCACCUUUUGCUGGAGGGCCACUGUUUUGACCUGUCAACUGGCCAGCCUCCCCGUGGACUGCAGUUUACCCUCGGCAUGAGACGUGACCCGCUCAUGUAUGACACUAUUGUCAUGGCUAACCUGGGAUAUUUCCAGCUGAAAGCCAAUCCCGGUGCCUGGAUCCUAAGAUUGCGGGAAGGGAGAUCAGAGGAUAUCUAUCAGGUUCUCACGCAUGAUGGAACCGAUUCCCCUGUAGAUGCUGGUGAUGUUAUAGUUGUGCUGAACAGUUUCCACAGUAAGAUCAUCAAAGUCAGAGUGCAGAAAAAGGCAGAGAAAAUCAAUGAAGAUCUGUUAAGUGAAACUAAUGAAAGCAAAGGCAUAUGGGACUCCAUAGCAAGGAGAUCUUAUUCCUCCCCUGGAUCCAGACUGCAAUACUAUGCUGUAAGAUCUAGUCUUGCAAAAAAUAUGUGCUUCUGUAGGUAUGUUGUUUGGAGCACUUUUGAGAAAAGCAUCACGGGUGGUGGCUCCAAGAAAGAUGAUGGAGAGAAGAAGAGAGAAGAUGUUCUAAACAUAUUUUCUGUGGCCUCAGGCCAUCUGUACGAGCGUUUUCUGAGAAUAAUGAUGCUGUCUGUCCUUCGGCAUACCAAAACACCUGUCAAGUUCUGGUUCCUCAAGAAUUACCUCUCCCCAUCUUUCAAGGAGACUAUCUCUCACAUGGCAGAGUCAUAUGGCUUUCAGUAUGAAUUGGUGCAGUACAAGUGGCCCCGUUGGCUCCACCAGCAGACUGAGAAGCAGCGCAUUAUCUGGGGAUACAAGAUCUUAUUCCUGGAUGUUUUGUUCCCCUUGGCUGUGGACAAGAUCAUCUUUGUGGACGCCGACCAGAUAGUUCGGGCUGAUCUGAAGGAGUUGAGGGAUUUAGACCUGAAGGGUGCUCCUUAUGGUUACACACCGUUUUGUGAUAGCCGGAAAGAGAUGGAAGGCUACCGCUUCUGGAAAACCGGCUAUUGGGCCUCACAUCUGGGACACAGAAAAUACCACAUAAGCGCUCUGUACGUAGUAGAUUUAAAGAAGUUCCGUAAGAUUGCAGCUGGGGACAGAUUACGAGGCCAGUACCAAGCCUUGAGCCAAGAUCCUAACAGUCUGUCCAACCUGGACCAGGACCUUCCUAACAACAUGAUCCACCAAGUGGCCAUCAGGUCUCUUCCUCAGGAGUGGCUGUGGUGUGAGACAUGGUGUGAUGAUGCCUCCAAAGUCACAGCAAAGACUAUAGACCUGUGCAAUAACCCAAAGACCAAGGAGCCAAAGCUAAUGGCCGCAGCAAGGAUUGUGCCUGAGUGGGUUGAAUAUGACAAUGAGAUAAAACAGCUACUGAGACGGGUCCAGGAACAGGGAGACACAGCAAAGGAAAAACAGACUCCCUCUACCUCACAGCAGAAAAAAGUAGACAACCUGCGUGAUGAACUUUAGUGUCUGCCAGCACCAUGCUGAAGAGGAAGAAGGCAGCACCUUUCGCACGCCACCCGUGAAGCUUGAGGACAGACAAUUCCAUCUAAACAUAGCCAUGGAAUGUUACAUCCACUGCCGGAGAAGGAUGUCAAAUUUUCAGAGAUGCCAUAACUGCCUCUGCAGUCAGUACGUCUUACAAAACCAACGCGUGAUGUAAGUGUUAACUGCCAGCUGUGAACUCCUGGUGCACUAUUAGCACUACUGUCAGGUCUCGUUAGUACAGUAUGUGGUUACCGGAAAAUGUAGUGAACACAGAAAGAGUAAAGGGUCAGUCAAACCACUCUAUUCACAGGUGUAUAAGGAAAAGUAGUUGACAUAUAUUGCACUGAUAAUGUAUGCAAAGAAUCAAAAGGAGAGGGCACAUCUCUAAGAAUCUAAUCUCGAAUUUUAAUGUGUUUUUAAUGUACAGCUGUUUCAAAGAGCUGAUACAUUUACAUAUACUACUUUGACUCUGUAAAAGACUUUGACUACAUAUUGACUGAAAUGCCCAAACCAAAGAUGUGACUGACAUAAAGCUAGUUUUAUUUUUCAAUUAAAUUAAAUUUAAAAUUUUACGACUUGAUGCAAAGUUGUUACAUUAGAACAGCAGUUAGCGCUGACAAUUUACGUUCGCUAAACCUCGCCCCCUAACAGUGAUUGUCCAAUUAUGGCUUAGCAACCGUAACUAGGCCCGGAAGGCCUGUCAAUCUUUGGAUUUCUCCACCUGCAGUUUGUGGUAAGAGUGGCAGUUUUGAGGGUGGUGUCCUUUUUUUUUUAGCCCUUUACAAAACCAACUAGAAGGGCACUCAGGCAGCGCAGACCACCACCAAGGUCUCAACAUACACCAGACUUCAGAAAAAAAAAAUUCUAAUUCAUAGUAAAUGAUCAGGAUGUGUCCCAAAAUUUAAUGGGUUCUUCCUGCGCCCACGCCGCAUACCGCAGUACUUUUUGCGUAAUCCUGCUGACAAAUAAACAAACAGACACUGUUGAAAACAGGUGAAACCUCCUCGGUAGCGGUUACAAAAAGUGGUAGUAACCUAAUGUUAAGUUGGCAAUAUAAUUGGCUAACUAAGUAAUUUUGUGGGAUUACAUUAUUUUACAUCUAAACCUUUACCUGUUUUCUGUAGUUAGCACCCAAACCAACAUGGGUUAUGUUACAACAAAUAACAUUUUAAUACCCUAUCUUGCAAUGUUAAGGAAAGUGAUGAAAAAUUCCUGGAUCCACUUCUCUAACCGGACCUGCAGCAAAAUUUAUUGGGUUCCUCCCUCCCUGGCUCAUGCCCCGUCCCUCCACCAAGUUUGGUGCAAAUUGGUUCGGUACUUUUUACAUAAUCCUGCUGACAAUUAAACAUACAGAUGUGAAAAUAUAAAUUGCUUGGCGGAGGUAUUAAUACGAUGCUAUAAUACUGGCGCGAACCAUCUCUAACCUGCAAUACAUGAACAGUGCUUCAAAAUGUUUGCAUCAUCAACUUU